UACACAAGAAGUUGCCAAAAUAGCUAGAAUACUUCAGAGAGUUGAAAAUUGAAGGAUGAAAACAGUUGAAUUAGCAAAGCACUUACGUAAGCAGGUAUCAUUGAACCAAGCUAGAUACAUUGAACCUGGACACUUUGCGUCGGAGGGUCCUAGGCCUUUAAGAGAAUCGAUUCCUCCACAUUGGUUGAUUCACAACUCCACUAGAAGAAAAACAAAAACAGCAAGCUAUCACAUGGCUCCAACAAUGGCGGCACCAGAAGAAGAGCUGAGGAAGAGGAACCAGGAGUUAGAGAAGGAAUUGAAGGAGAGUAGGGAAAGAGAGGAGCAUAUGAGAAAGGAAUUAAGAAAGGUGUGGGAAAGGCUGAGGGUGGCGGAAGAGGCGGAGGAAAGGCUCUGUUCUCAGCUGGGCGAGUUGGAAGCAGAGUCCGUCAAUCAGGCCCGUGCUUACAACUCCCACAUACUUACCCUCAUGGACCAGCUCUCCAAGGGUAACAACCUUCUCAUCAACAACCACCCAUCCCCUGCACCCAUCUCCAUCCUCUGAUUUUGCUUUUGGCUGAUGUUCUUUUUAUCUAUCCAACCAAAGACAUGGGGCUUCUAAAGUCGUUAAUUUUGGGUAUUGUAUGGAUGUAUAUAUGUAUUAGUUAUAAACACUUGGUGGUGUUUGUUGAUGUUAAUUGGUAAAGGUAGUGCUGAUAUGUUUCACUGGCUGUGUUUCAUAUUGUGAAACUCAAUUGACUUAAUUCUGAUAUAUAAAAAACAAAUGUGUUUUUUUCUUCUUCAAAUAUAUUAAAAAUAGUUUGGUAAAAUGAAAA